AUGGGGCUGCUCUGCUGCGCCACCAAGUGUUGUGGCUGCAUCGUGCUCUCGCAUCUGUGCGCGCUGCUGCUGCCGCUGGCCAUCCUGGCCGCGCUCGGCCUCGUGUUUUACACGUACGCGAUCCCGUGGGGCGAGGACCAGAUCCGCCAGACGCUCGAUCUCGCGUCGGACGUGGACAUUCAAGACCUCAACUCGAGCUUCGUUGACGCCAACAGCUGCUCUGGCUGCGUCUUUGGCCGCAACACGCAGUGGCCCAUGAACACAACGGGGCCGCGGCAUUUUCUAGACACCAAAGCUGGUGGCACGGCGUCCGUGGUGAUUGCUGUGUCGUUGGCUGGUGCUGCAGUGAUCAGUACGGGCUCCAUGCUCUGGGCUUCGUUGAUGCCUAGUGCUGCAACAGCACUGAGCUUUUCAGGUGGGUUCUAUGAGAUGACCCACAUUGUCGAACAGGCUCAAUUUGCAGGCAUGAUCAGUCAGCUUCGUAUUGAAGGGGCACCUGCUUUUCUACUUGAGUUCUCAAAGGGCCUUUCGUGGACGAAUUUUAACUUCAUCAAAGGAGGCGCUGAUUAUUUGGAAAGCAGUGGAAGUGCAGGAAGUGACGGUAGUGACGGGACCACCCGUAGACUUGAAGACUCUAGUACGGGUGCUACAGGUGUCUUUGCAGCGGCUGAAGAGGCCGGACCAGCAAGAUACGCGGCUCUGAUUGGAGUUGAUGCCGACAAUCUUUUUUUCUACACGCUCGGAACGUUUGCUGUAGCGAUCGCGGUGCUGCACGUGCUGUUUCUGAUGAUAGUUCUUAUCGCAGGCGCUUUGACAAAGAACAAGUCGCUUGGUGACGUGGCACGUAUGUGGUAUCGCAAAAUUAUUUGGACGGGUGUGCUGGCCCUUUUGCUGGCGCAGUACAUGUUCGCGAUGGCUGGGAGCUACUUUAUCUCGACAGGAUCGUCUGGUGCCUUGGCAAAUGGAUCUAGCUCACGAUACGCUAUAGGCAUUGCCGCCCUUGCUAUUGUCGUUUUGGCUGCCCUUGGACUCGGUGUCAUCGUUAUUAGGAACAAUACCGAUGAGCUCAAGGAUGUCGGUACCUACGAACACGAUCAGCGGGCGUUUAGUAACAAGUACAGCGCGUACUACGACGAGUACAACUUUGACAAUCGCUUCUUCUUUGUCCCUCGUAUAUUGCUGGCGGUGAUGACUGGUGCUGUUGUCGGCGUCGUCCGAGACGCCACGACGCAAUUAUUGUGUAUUAUGGCAAUCACAGUGAUAUACAUGACGUUGCUGCUCAUUCGUCAGCCGAACUUGCUGCGUUUUCUGUAUUAUCUGGGCAUCGCUUCGGUGCUGCUGAAGGUUGUGCUGAUUUGCCUUUUGCUCGUCAUGGCAAGAGCCGACUACUUUCCACAAAGCGUGCGAGAUAACGUGGCUUACGGCGUCAUUGGCGUGAACAUGUUCAUCUUCUCGUUGCUGUUUUUGCGCCAAGUAUACACGAUUAUCGUCAAGAUGAUCGCUGCUCGUCGUCAUACGAAAAAUGGCAAGAAGAAUUCUGGUCUGGAUGCCACUGACAUUAACCUGGAAUCCGGCAACAACGCGUCUACCAAUUGCCGCAAUUACGAGCAAGUAGAGACUACACCAGCCGGCUAUGGUGUGGUCUGGUACGACGACAAGCCGCCGCCGCCGCAGCACAAUCAGCUGCAGCAGCAGCAACAGUACCAGACACAGACAAGCAACAUAUCCGGUUACAGUACCGAGAGCUCGCGCGGUUGUCACUCGGACAAUGUUCCAAUGUUGGCAUCUCCAGAGGCUGUCCCCGUCUUAAUUCGCUCCAGAGGCACGGUCCACUCACCAGUCUCUCGCAACCAACAGUACUCAUUUGGAAGUUCAACACGAAGUGCAGACGCUUUUCAGACAAACAACGCUGCGUCAACCCGUACUCAUGAACCUAUCCAGGAGGCUCCAAUUCCUACCUACGAUGUGCUGGCAGCCUACCUCGGCACGGGUCAGUCGGAUGACGAGGCCGCGCUAAGUUCAUCCAGGGGACACUUUUCUCGAGGCCUGCACUUAUCGAGAGGACAAAGUGUAGCUCGGGGGCACAAUUCGAUUGGAGAGUUGGCCUCGUCGAGAGGGCCGCCAUCAUCUAGGGGACACUCUGCAAGGGGAGGAGUUGCAAUUGGAACAGGGCUGUCAAGCUCUGGUCUCGGCCCGCGUCCAUCGACUGUACCUCUCGACGCGUAUGUUGGUAGUUUCUCUGGCGUUGACUCUGGAACAAGUAACUCGUCUUCGCGGAGGAAACGCAAUUUCAACAGGGAGGAUCAGCGGAAAGACGUGGACAUUGAUGACGUGGAUAUUGACGCCGACAACGACAACGUAGUAGAUGAUGCGUCUCCAUUGGGGGCGUCGAAGGUGGGUCAACACCGUUCUCCGGCAGAAUCAGCGCGCAGUUCACUUGCAAUGAUGGAGCGGUCAUACGUGAAUUUUUCCGACUCCUUGGUUUCGUCUGCUAGCAGUAAGCAGGGCACGUCACCGGCUUCUGCGGCGAAGCCAAAAAGCGUGUUCUCAGCAGCCAUGGGCGCUGCUGGUCCUCAAAGGACCGGUGUCUAUGGUAGCAGCCCUCAGGGAAAGAUGUCGAUCUUUUCGAAUGAUUCCGAGCGCAGUGUCGGCAGUGAAAGCAGCACUGGGUUCAAGCGUUGGUCAAGAACCGCGCUCAGCGUGGACGAAGAAAGCGUGGAGACAAAUGAAGGGGAAGGUCAAAGCUAUGAGCUUGGGCCUCUAGGGGUGACCAUGUCAGCUUUCAAGCAGCGUGAAUCGGUCGACUCAUAUGGCAAUCAAUCGAAGGCGGCCUUCUCGACAUCUCGAGUUGACUUUGGUCGAGCGACAGACACGGGAAGCGACGAUGGCAGGUAUAUCCCUCGGCGUCAGCAUUCAGGUGCAUCCAACCAGUCAUCGAACCAGUCGUUCCUGAGUGCUCAAUCCGACGACAGUGGGGGAUACUAUGAUGUGGACGUCACUCGCCGCGAUGUGCACAGCACUUUGACUCUCUAG